AUGAAUCUAGCUACCAAGACGAAGGAGCUGCCGGCGUAUAUACUAAAGAUUCCACAGGAGAUACUGCAAGAAAUAGUACAUCUAUUGAGAAUCAAGACCGACCCCGACGCCGACCCCGACCCCGACCCCAUCGCCGACCUCGACGCAUUCAUGGGAACGUGUAAACAGCUGUACCGAAUAGUAAGCUGUCUUACAAGGGGGACAUCUGCCAUGUUCACAAAGCUCCCAAAGAAUCCGCCGCUAAUGGAUCUUGAUCAAGUAGCCCUAAUAAGCAAACUUGAGUCAAGAAAGAAAUCCGCCAUCGGUAGACUCAUAUCGCCAAGAAAGGAAUCCGCCAUCGAUAAACUCAUAUCACCAAAAGACACAACUAUACAAGGUGGCAUAGAGUCGUCGAAAAAAUACAGGAUGCUGCUAUGCUGGGCGGCAGGGCAUGGGCACACCGCGGCAGUUAAAAACCUUCUCGAUUAUGGUCGACUAGACAAAGGGCAGAGGGACGAACGUGGCCGAGACGCUCUUUGGUUUGCAGCGGCCAAUGGUCACUACAAAACAGUCAAACAAUUUGUUGACAUGGAUGGAUACAACAUUGACCAGCCGGACACCUUUGGACGGACUCCUCUUGCUUGUGCAGUUCAGGAGAACCAUCUUUCCAUUGUCAGGCUUCUUCUACAAACCUCGAGGGUCAACCCAAAUUCGAUGACCAAUUCCAAGGAGACACCCCUAAUUAUUGCGGUUGGGAAAGGACUUGCAGACAUGGUUGAUGAAUUAUUAAAGGCCGAAAACCUGAACUUGGACGCUGGGCGCUUACGGGGCACUGGGGAAUCUGCCCUCUUCCUGGCUGCCAAGCAUAACUAUGUCGACAUUUACAUGAGCUUGCUGCAGUCGGGCAAACCAGUCAAUAUCCUUGCACCAGACGAGAAUGGGAGCACAUUGAUGCAUUACUUAUCCGGCUCGGGUUUUGAUAAGUCGAUUCGGAUGCUUCUGGAAUCGCAUGAGGUCGAUGUUGACAUUGAGGAUGACGAUGGCCAGACGCCUCUGUGCAAAGCUGUAUGCGAGAACCAUAUUUCUACUUGCCGCAUACUCUGGGAGAAGGCAAAGGCCAAUGUAAACCUCGGAAGCGGCUACAUGUCGACUCCUUUGAUGAUUGCGGCUCGUGACGGUCGCAAUGAAAUACUGAAAUUCUUGCUGGAGGAGUGCAGAGCGGAUGCCAAUGAACAAGGUGGAUCUGACGAGAGCCCAUUGAUCAAGGCAGCGUUUGACGGAAAUUUAGAGGCUGUUCAGUUGCUUCUGCGGAACGAGGCAAAUAUCAACUUCCAAGACUCCUGUUGUGGCGGUACGGCGCUUCAUCGUGUCAUCGGGUCUUAUAACGACACACAGGCCGUCGUGCUGGAGCUACUGAAACAUGCACAUGUUAACAUCGAGUUAAAGGACAACGAUGGACGCACUCCUUUAUCCCUAGCGGCCUACCGAGAGGAUCAAAAAUUCGCGACCAUGUUAUUGGACAGGGGUGCCGAUAUAUAUUCCGUCGAUAUGCGUGGCAUGACACCGAUUGACUGGGCAGAGUUGCGCCUUGGUGAUGGUGCAUGGGCCAGAUAUACAUCCAUUUUUAGAAUCAAAGAGAGAUUCCAAGGCCAAACAACCAUAUAA